GAAGCGUCUUAGUCAUGCUGGCCACAUGACCCAGAAGCUGUACACUGGCUCCCUUGGUCAGUAAAGCGAGAUAAGCGCCGCAACCCCAGAGUCGUUCGCGACUGGACCUAAUGGUCAUGGGUCCCUUUACCCUUUAGAUUCCCUGAAAUCAAGCAAUGUGGCUAAAUUAAGACUCAAUUGAUGCAAUGGUAGGAUACACUCGGUUUAAACGAGGAACUUAAACCCUCAAACGCUCCAAUUUUCUGAUUCCAAACCCUAAACGGCGCACAUUAUUUUUAGAAAUAAAAACAAAUAGCCCUUGAUAGACCCCCCCAACUCCCAUUUCAGUUUGUCCCAUCCAUUUCUAAAGUCAUCUAUACCUGUGUCGUUCAUCACCACCGCGUGUGUUUAACAGGGAAGGUUUAUUUAUAGGCAUGUACCUUGGAGGCGCCGCGGAGUCGUCCACGACUGGACCUAAUGGUCAGGGGUCCCUUUACCUUUACCUUACCUUGGAGGCUGGUGUUAGCAACUUAAACCAUGCCGGAUGCUGCUCUUUGAACUUCCCUUCCCUCUCCUUUUCAAAAAGGCAAUACCUGGGAAGAGGAAGAUUAGGGAAAGCUCCGCUGAGGUUUCCUCCUCUCCUCUCUUCCGUCAAAGGGUUUCGAAGGCUGGAGGCGGAGAGUUUUCUGCCCUCUCCAAAGAAGGCGGCUGCGGCUUCACUUCCUCCUCCUCCCCAUACCUUCCCCCCGUAUCACGUGCUUGGUGGCGCCGCGCUGUUGUUCUUUCGUCAUCAGUCUUUGCCGGCGACCCUCCCGCACAAUAGAGGCAGCUUCAGUCGACGGUGCCCGCAGGGUAGUUUUUUGGGGGUAGGCCUCUGCGCAGCAGCCCCCGUGAGAGCAAACCGCAGCUGCCUCUCGUCUGGUGCACAUGUGCCCACCCCCAGCCCUGCGCCCCGGCAGCACGCUAUGAGCAGAGGUGUUACUCAAGGCAGAGGUUCAGAUCAGGUGCCCCCCAAACAUAGCGGCCUCUCUAACCCAGCUUUCUUUAACGGUCCUCUUGUCCCGCAGGGAGGCGAGGAUUUUCGGCAGCAGCAGGUCCUCUUCCUAAACGGGCAGCUCUCUGAAGCCCCGCUGUGGCAGGCCCGGGCACAGCGCCCCCAAUUGUACCAGGGCUACCGCCGAGGUCCAGCCACCUCCUCCCCUCCCCAGAGCUCCCAGCACAACAGUUGGGGCACAGCCAGGAGGCUUCCCUGCAACAGUAGCUGGCAGGAGCAGAAGCAGCCUCCCCAGCCCCCCCGGCCGAGGUACAGCGGCAGUUCAAGGAGCGAAGUUGACGGGCUCAUCACAGACAUACGGCACCUGACUCUCUCCGGCCAAGGAGUUGAACAGCGGCUCUUGGAGAUCUUGAGGCAGCUCCGACCUGGGCAGGCUGAAUCUGCUCGCUGUCUUGCCCGUAAACUUGAAGUGCAGAAGAAGGAGGUCAAUCACCACCUCUACAGGCUCCUCACACGAGGGCAGUUGUGCAAAAUAGGGGAGCACCCUCCGUUGUGGAGGUUAGCAGACAGCCCUAGGCCCCAGGGAGCGUCGAGAGAAGGGAGCUCCGCCAGUCAGAGGGGCCAGUGCCGACUCCCAGUUCCUGGGGUUGGAGGAGGAGGAGAGAGCUCUGCUUCUGACCCAGAGGACUAUCCCGAUUCCGCCACCAUGGCCGAGGUCAGGGAGAAGAUCUGCAACUACCUAUUCAGCGUCGCGGACUCGACAGCACAAGACCUUGCCAAAAACAUCGGCCUCUCCAAGGCCCGGAACGUGAACUCCACCCUGGUGUCCUUGGAGAAGUUGGGGGAGGUGUGCAAGGAGAACGCCAACCCCCCCAAGUGGUCCCUCACUGACAACAAGCGCAAGAGGAUGCAGAACAAGCAGAAGGCGGAAGAAGUCAGGGAAAUGGCCACCCCUGCCCCAAAACCGAACCCCGAGCCUCCGACCCCAUGCGCGGAACCGGAGCUGCCCGCCAGCGUGCCAGCUCCUCCUCUUCCUUCCCCUUCCCCGCCUCCUCCUCCACCGCCGCCACCGCCGCUUCUAAAGAGUGAAGAGGAGAACGUCGAGAACGGGCAGCAGGUGUCGUCGGAGCCAGCAGAGCAGGGAGACGUUUGCUCUCCCCGGGCGGCCCCCCCUCCUCGCAAGCGGCCCCGGUACCACUGGUUCCCCAACUACGACAACUUUGAGAACGGCAAGUGGGCCACCGAUGACAUCCCGGAGGACCUGAAUGCCAUCAACAACCAGGACGAGGAGUCCCGGUGCAUCAUGGAGUCUCCCCUCUCCCCCAGCUACGCGGCCCAGUUCGACACGGCCUUCCUGUGCACUCCCUUGGAGAAGCUCAUGGCGUGCCAGAAGAAGAACCCCGUCAGCGGCUUGAUUGAAUACACCCAGUACACGUACCAGCAUUGCGAGUUCGUCUUGCUGAAGCAGAGCGGGCCGUCACACGAGCCACGGUUUAAAUUCCAGGCAGUGAUUGAUGGUCGCAAGUUCCCCCCAGCGGAAGCAGGCAGCAAGAAGUUGGCCAAGCAGGAAGCGGCCGCCCACGCCAUGAAGAUCCUCUUGCGCGAAGUCGAGCACGAAGGGGAGGACGGCAUGGAGGUGGAGAAAUCCUUAUACGAGGACAGUUCUCUCAGCGAAGCAGAACUGCCUGAGCAGACAGAGUCAGAGCCUUUGUCUACAACGCCACAGCUGAACGUGCUUUCUGGGAAGAACCCCGUCAGCGCCCUGAUGGAAUACGCACAGAAGUCGGGGAGCGUCUGCGAGUUCCAGCUGCUCUCUCAGGAUGGCCCUCCCCACGAUCCCAAGUUCAAGUACUGCGUGAAAGUGGGCGAACGCAUCUUCCCUGCUGUGGUAUCGAACAGCAAGAAGGGAGCAAAGCAGAUGGCUGCUGAGGCCGCCAUGAGGGGCCUCACUGGGGACACCAGCAGCUUACCUGAACAGACAGAGGCCCAGGGCGACCAGCCUGCGGAUGUGCCUGGUGGCCAGCCUGCAAAUCUGGAAGAGACAAAAGCCGCGAGCGCUAAGGGUGUUGGCGAGCUGAUUAAGUACCUGAACUCCAACCCAGUCAGUGGCCUCCUGGAGUACGCCCGGGCCAAUGGCUUUGCUGCUGAGUUCAAGCUGAUCGAGCAGACUGGGCCACCCCACGACCCUAAAUUCGUCUUCCAAGCCAAAGUGGGCGGCCGCUGGUUCCCAGCCGUCACGGCGCAUAGCAAGAAGCAAGGCAAGCAGGAGGCUGCCGACGCGGCGCUCCGGGUUCUGAUCGGGGAGACGGAGAAGGCGGAGAACUCCGAAGGGUUGACCAUCACAGAGCUCCCCGUGAGUGGAAGCACGCUCCAUGACCAGAUUGCUAUGCUGAGCCACCAGCGGUUCAACACCCUGACUGCACGCAUCCAGCACAGCUUGCUCGGGCGCAAGAUCCUGGCCGCCAUCAUCAUGAGGCGAGGGCAAGAGGGCCUGGGGGUCGUGGUGAGCAUCGGAACAGGGAAUCGCUGUGUGAAAGGGGAGGAGUUGAGCCUGAAAGGGGAGACGGUCAAUGACUGCCAUGCGGAGAUCAUUUCCAGAAGGGGUUUCAUAAGGUUCCUCUACACCGAGCUCAUGAAGUUUGACCCCUCGGCACCCGAAGACAGCAUCUUCCAGCCCCUGGAAGAUGGCAAGCUGAAGAUCAAAGACGACAUCACUUUUCACCUGUACAUCAGCACGGCACCUUGUGGGGACGGGGCGCUCUUUGACAAAUCCUGCACGGACCAGGCCAACACAGUUGGGGAAGGCCAGCACCAGCCGCUCUUUGAGAAUCCCAAGCAGGGGAAGCUGCGCACAAAAGUUGAAAAUGGGGAAGGCACUAUCCCGGUGGAAUCCAGCGACAUCGUGCCAACGUGGGACGGGAUCCAGCACGGCGAGCGUCUCCGCACCAUGUCCUGCAGCGACAAGAUCCUGCGCUGGAAUGUGCUGGGCCUGCAGGGGGCGCUGCUCUCCCACUUCCUGCAGCCUGUUUAUCUCCGCUCGGUCACGCUUGGCUACUUGUACAGUCAAGGUCACUUGACACGUGCCAUCUGCUGCCGCAUGUCGAGAGACGGCAACACAUUCCAGUCCGGACUCCCCGAGCCGUAUUUUGUCAAUCACCCGGAGGUUGGCAGAGUCAGCGUCUACGACUCUGCAAGGCAGACGGGGAAGACAAAGGAAUCCAGCGUCAACUGGUGCCUCCCCGAUGACUCUGAAGUCGAAGUCCUGGAUGGCACGAAAGGCAAAGUAGAUGGACCAAAACUGGACGUGUCCCGGGUCUCCAAGAGGAACCUGUUUGCACUCUUCCAAUCGCUCUGUGCCAAGAUGGAUCGCAAGGCCCUGCAGAAACUGACCAUGUACUCGGAGGCCAAGGAAGCGGCCGUCACGUACCAGAGUGCCAAGCGGCAAUUCUUCUGGGCCCUGCAGGAGAUGGGCUACGGGAGCUGGAUCUGCAAACCCCAAGAGGAGAAGACCUUUGGCCCGUCCGAAGUCUAGCAAGCUGUGCAUUUUUAUCAUUUUAUUUUAUUUUAUUUUACUCCUUUUUUUGGCUGCGGGGGGAGGGGUGAAAGGAAAGGGGUAUUUUUUUUAUUAACAUAGGUUGUGUGUAUUCUUUUUUAAAAAAUGGAAGCAGGAAUGUUAACUUAGGGUUAUGGAUUUGCCGCGAGGCCUUCCUUCCGAUCUAUAUUGGCAGCAUUGGGGAAGGAGGGGGGGAGUCUUCCUCCCCUUUAAUUCCCUCCCUCGCCACUCUAUCAACGAACAUUGGAAAGACAUGAUCCAAGUGCGCACACCUGAGAGAGAAAGAAAGAAAUCCACCAGCAUCAGCGCUCGUCUGUGACAACACCCUCUCCCCACCUCUGUCCCCUUCCGGUUAGUCAAAAGGCCGCCUUCCUUGUCCCCGCUCUGCUUUUUUUUUUUAAUCAAUUCUUUGAACCCCUCCUUUUAUUUCCUUUUUUAAAAGCUGUGAAUUGAGGAACUGGUAAUUAUGCACACACACUGUCUUUUCCCCAAGAGUUCUGUCACUUCAUGGAUUUGCAUAAAGGUGAACUCUGGGAACAUCACAGAGAUUUCCCCGCUCACUUGAAUUUAAUUUUCAUACACACACAUAUAUAUAUAUAUAUAUAUCGCCCAACUCCUCCUCUUACCUUUGUUUAAUUCAGAAUUCUUUGGGGCCACUACAACAUUUACCCACCACACUGCCAGUUUAUGGUAUAAUUUCGGGUUUGUUUUUUUUAAUUGGUGGGGGGUGUAUGUGUAUAUUUGUGAUCAUUUCCCCUUUCCACGAAUCUUGGAAUGCUGAUGAAUUCGCCUUGUUCCCAGCGAGACGGCCCAGCCUUUCUGAGGUCAUUCUAAGCUACAACCGCACAGCUCCCCCACAUUGUCCCAAACUCCUUUGCUCCCUGUUCUGUGUUGACACCUGCUGUCGUGAGAGCCAGCCAGACUCAUCUUAAUUUUUAAUAUUAAAAGGCAAGGAAGCAGCAUAGCUGCAGUCUGUGUCGCGGCCCAGCCUAGAAACAUAUCACCGGGUUUCUAUGGAUGUUUAAAUAUUGGGUCAUCACUUGAUUCCUUCUAACACCUCAGAAUUCCCAUGCUCCCCCUUUCUUUUAAGCUACUAUUCGUCAGUUUUUAAAUAUACAUAUACUGUAUAGAAAAACUCCAGUUCCAAGCUUUUGGCUGCUAUGGAGUUGGCAGUGGUUUGUCUUCCAAUUAUUUGUGGAAUCCUCCCCCCUGGUGUUCCAAGCAGCCUAUUUUCAUUUUUCAUUUUCUAAAGGUGCAUUUGAAAUGCAAAGGAUCCCAGACCAGAGAGGCUUUUGGGAUUUUUUUUUGCCCCCACCAGCUUUUCUCCUCCCCAUCAGUUAUGUCUGGGCAAUUGCUGUAGUGGCAUUAACUGGGGAGCUCUCUUUAUGCAAACUCUUUUCUGUUGAAAGGCGGCAGCAGUCUCCUUCAACCCUCAUCUCUCCACUUUAUUAUCCCUCGUGACGCACAGUUCAUUUCCUUCCUUAGUCGUGAAGGCGCUGGCGAGCAAAUAAUAAUUAUAAUAAUAAUAAUAAAAAGAUGUAAAUUUAUUCAAGGCAAAUCUGAUCCUUUUCCCACCACUAUUGUAAUUCAGUUUAUUUCCUCCCCUCCCCCCUUUUUUUGGCAAGUCUGCUUUUAAUUGCCCCUCUAGAUACCAUCGUUUGACAACUGAAGUCAUCACAUUCCGCCUGAAAAUAAUAAUAAUAAAAAAGGUUUUCUGUAUUGGUUUCGCUGGUGUGAUUCUUUUUCUUUUCCCAGGGGGAGGGGGCAAAG